AUGUCCUUGCAAGGCUCGCGCUUCCAAUUGGCCGACGGCCACAAGAUCCCAGCCGUGGCGUACGGCUUGGGCACCGCCUGGUUCAAGUACGGCCGUAACGACGAGGACCAGCGGUUGGUCCAAACUUUGCAACUCGCCCUUGAAAAGGGAUUUGUGCACAUCGACGGCGCAGAGAUCUACAACACCGACGCGGAGCUCGGCGCGGCCAUUGCCGGCGCAGACCGUGCCAAGCUAUACAUCACCAACAAGUUCCUGGUGGGCGACGCGGGCCACAGCGUGUUUUCGCCGCACGGCUUGCCCUACGACUCCUUGAAACACCAGUUGGCCACGCAAAUGAAGACCGGCUAUGUGGACUUGUACUUGCUCCAUUCGCCCUUCGUGGCCAAGGCGGCGCACGGGUUCGACUUGGCCGAGGCCUGGAGAUCCAUGGAGAAGAUUGUGGACGAGGGCUUGGCCAGGUCCAUUGGCGUGUCCAACUUCCGCGUGGAGGAUUUGCAAGAGAUCUUGAAGAUCGCGCGAAUCAGGCCCGUGGUCAACCAGAUCGAAUACAACGCGCUGCUUCAGAAUCAGACCCCGGGCAUAGUGGAGUUUUCGCAGCAGAACGGCAUUCUCGUGGAGGCCUACUCGCCCUUGGGCCCCAUCACCAAGGGCCCAGCCGGCGAGCUUUCCGACUACUUGCAGCAAUUGGCCGACACCCAUCACAAGACGCCGGCCCAGGUCUUGUUGCGCUGGGUCUUGCAGAGGGGCAUAUUGCCUGUGACCACCUCGUCCAAGGAGGACCGGAUCGUGCAGUUCUUGGAUCUCUUUGACUUCGAGUUGUCGGAAUCCGAGGCCCAGCACAUCACUGUGCUCGGCAAGAAAGGGCCCGUGUUAAGACAGUACUGGUUGGCGGAGUUUGGUAAGUACGAUCAAUAG